AUGUUACAGAAGGCCUUUAGUGAUGGGGUUAUGUUGCAAAAAAAUGUUUACAACUGGUACAAAGACUUUAAAGAAGGUAGAGAGAGAGUUAAGGACGAACAUCGUUCCGGACGACCAUCAACGUCAACUGAUGAAAAACACAUUACUCAAAUCAGAGAUCUUGUGCUCGAAAACCGUCGAUUAACAAUAACAGACCUUCUUGAUACUGUUGGCAUUUCAAAAUAUUCGGUAAAUACUAUUUUAAAAGAUUUGUUGUACCUUAGACGCGUCAAAUCUUGUUUGGUUCCAAAAUCGCUCAACUUUUUGGAAAAACAGCGUCGCGUUGACAUCUGCGAAACAAUAAUUUCUGACUACCAAGACAUCAUGAAACCCAUCAUUACUGGAGACAAUAUUUGGAUCUACGCUUACGACCCGGAAACAGCCGAUCAAUCAAGUGAAUAUCGUGCAAAAGGUGAACCAAGACCGAAAAACCACGCCAAAUUCACUCAAUAA